AUGGUGCCGCCUCGCCAGCUCCUCCUCGCGAGCCUCACACCAGCCCCCGGGGGCUUCUUCGCCGGCACAACAACACCCCUACCGCCGCCCCCCCAGCCCGACACUCUCCUCAGCCUCUGGCGCCGCUCCUGGAUCCCCCUCACCGGCGGCGCCCUCCUCGCAGGAUGCCUCGGCUUCUACAUCGUCGGCACUGCCGUCGCGUCCCUCGACACCUGCCCGUGCCGAGACGAAAAGACUGCGCCCACCGGCCGCCCCCCGGCCUUGACGGGCGACAAUGCCGAGCGGUUUGACAGGGACCUCGACGGGUCCGAGUGGUGGAUGGGCAUCACGGGCCUGCGCCGCCAGAUUGCCAAGCGUGCUAAGGGCCAUGUGCUCGAGGUGGCCAUGGGCACCGGUCGCAACUUGGAGUAUUACAACUGGCUGCCGCUGUGCGCCGUGGCCGAGGGGCGCAGCGCGCCUGGCCCUGCGUUUCCCGGCAUCGCGUCCUUUACCGGCUUGGACAUUUCCGUCGACAUGCUUGACGUCGCCCGGAAAGGUCUCGUCAGGGCAGUCCCCCCCAUGGCCUCGUCGGCUGCCCUCGUCAAGGCCUCCACCAUGGCCGAUCACUCUGGCGGUCAACUCUCCUUCCUUCGCGGCCACCUCCGACUCAUCAACUCCGACACCCACCGCCCGCUGCCGCCGCCGCCUGCCACAUUGCCCGUGAAGCCAGCAGCCGAUGCCGAUAUGAAAUACGACACCGUCAUCCAAACCUUUGGUCUCUGCUCCGUCUCCGACCCCGUUGCCGUCCUCUCCAACCUCGCUUCCGUCGUCAGGCCGGACACUGGCCGCAUCAUCCUGCUCGAACACGGAAAGGGCUGGUACGGUCUGGUCAACGGCCUGCUGGACAAGUAUGCCGGCAAGCACUUUGACAAGUAUGGCUGCUGGUGGAACAGGGACAUUGAAGCUUUGGUUGACGAGGCAGUCAAGACGACUCCGGGACUCGAGGUGGCCAAGCUCCAUCGCCCCAACUUUUGGCAGUUAGGCACCCUCGUCUGGGUCGAGCUCCGAGUGACUGACCGGGCGUGA